AUGGCGUCUUUUCGAAGACUCUCCCUGCGUCCUGCGGGAGACGAUGCUGUUGUCCCAUCCACGCCCCCUCUCCUAGAGAAGAAACGGCGACAUUCCAGCUUCUUUGCCAAGGCAGCCGCCUCCUCACCCAAAUCUUAUCUUUCCCCAAAAGACGAUACCCCUCCUGCAAGCCAUCACCAAAUCAUUGCACCCUCCCCCAAGACAGCACGCUCCUUCCGGCGUACAGCUGUCAAAACACCCGAUCUGUGCUACCACGUCGUCCGCCAGGUCAUAUCCCACUUUGCAGAAGACUCCACCCUUGCUGAGCGCACGGUCCUCCUCCUUCUCAACAAAGAGAUCCGCUCCAUCUAUCUCCCCUUUACCUACCAGAGGCUCUCGCUAGACCCAACCUUUUGCCGGCAGUUCUUCUGUCCUCUCUUCCGGGCUGUCAAACUCGACUCUAUACUCCUCUUCGCCCAUACAGGCAAUACCUUUGGACGCCUCACUCCAUCGGACGUACCGCUCGUCUAUCCUUACCCUCCCGCCCCUGCCACCUCACCAACAGCUCUGUCCAAGCUCAAGGCCAGAUGGAGCUCUCUCAUUGUCGUCUUCGUCCCCACGCCGACACAGCAAGAGUUGAGAACAAGGAGAUUGGGAGGCAGAUACCGCUGUCUGUUAAUGAACACAGAAGUGUUAGUAGUGCACGACGUCAUGUCUCUCAAGUGUCUUGCAGCCUUCCUGCUGGCUGUCCUACAAGACCUUCUCGCUAUUGAUCUACAAGAGCACGUCCCCCUGUCACCCGACUUCAGGCUCUUGCCCGCCAUCCGUUGGGUCGUGUACACUGCAGACUUUGCAGCCGACAUCGAUAUCACAAGACCCACCCUCCCAGCCGAAUGUGCUUUGCAUCUCGCCAGCCGAUGCCUCUUCUCCACCCACCGAUGCGUCCAUUCUUCCCCAGGCAACAACAACAUAUUCGCCUCCAAAGACCUCCUUCUCUUCCCCGCCACCGGAAAGCGGUUCGUCCCCACCGUCAAGCAUCUGGUACUCCACAACGUCCUCCCUCGGGAGGUGAAGCACUGCUACGUCGUACCGCAUAUCGAGAUGUAUCUCUCCAAGCUUCAAGACGCGUGGUGGGAAGAGGGUGGGGUGUAUGGGCGAACAAAGUGGGACAAUCGGGAAGAGGCAGAAGUGGCGUGGCAUGAGGUGUCUAUCAAAGAUUGGUUGGUGAGGUUCUUUUGUGGAGGUGCAGAGGGCUUUGAGCUAGAAGGCCCGAUGAAACGUUAUCUCCCAGCUGUCGAGCUGAUCGAAUUCAACAAUACCAACGCCGAUAUCCAAAAGGUCACCCAAGACACCUACGAGCAUCUCUACAGUAAAGGUAUGGUGGAGAACAUGCUAGCUUGGAAGGGCGUGAUCAAGACCAGCAAGCCUGGCUGGAAAUGCUGUGAAGGGUGUGGCGAGGCGGCGUGA